UUAGAUGUUGAUGUUAGAAGUUUGGCGGAGAUAUUAUAAAGCUAGUCAUCCUGGGCAUUAUAUUAUCUAUGGAUGGAGAAUAUUUGAUGCCUAUUGAUGUACAUAGUUCCAAACACUCUGAAUAGGCCCUCAUUUAUAUGAAGACAUUUUUGUUUUGUGCUUUAAAAUGGUUUCAGGUAUUUUUCUUAUUGGACUUUUGCUUUCUAAUUACUUUAAGCUCCUUUUUCUUUCUUUCUCUGUUGUAUGUUUGCAUACUGAUGACUAGGUCGGUUAAUAUUUUCUUCUGGCAGAAGAGGUGACACAUUAUGCCAACUCAGAGGAGAGGAUUGUUGAGAUGCAGGGAGAAUCUCUGAAGGCUUUUAAAGCUGUGGAAGUUGUGGUGGGCCACUUAAGGAAAUUCUUGGUGGACCAAAGCGUUCUUCCCCUAUUUGAAAAGAGUUACAAUACACCAGCCUCACAGGAACGCCAAGUAGAAACCUGGGCUGAGAAGUCAUUGCUGUAUAGUACUUCUCAAAUUGGGAUGGGUGCUGAUUAUCCUCUUGCAGUGAAGAGAGAUCCUUUAUUUCACGACCGUGAAACCCAUUUUGAUUCAAAUAUCCAUUCUUCUGGAAUUUUGUUGUAUGGCCAAGAUCCUGGACUUUCAGGAAUGUGUUCUUCGGGACUUGGUCGUGCUGGUGGUUCUUUUGUUACCCAGGUUGGUUUCAAUUAUUCAUUUCUCUACUAG